AUGUCUAAACCAACAUUGAAUAACCCAGACUUAAUCAGAACAAAACCUUACAUUAAUGGUGAAUGGUUUGAAUCAAAAUCGACCAAAACUUUUAAGGUGAUUGAUCCAGCGACUGAAACAGAGAUUGUCGAAUUGCCGGAUCAGACACCAGAAGAGAUUGCGUUUGCCAUCGAAAAAGCCGAAGAGGCCUUCAAAACAUUCAAGAAGACAAAUGCAUAUGACAGAGCUAGAUGGUUGAGAAAGUUGAAUGAUCUCAUGUUGGAAAACAUCGAAGAUUUAGCCAAAAUCUUGACCUGGGAAAAUGGUAAAUGUUUAACAGAUGCUACAGGAGAAAUCAAGUAUGCAGCAUCAUAUUUUGAAUGGUUUGCCGAAGAAGCCAAGCGUAUCUAUGGUAAUACUAUCCAGCCUUCUAAUAAUAACAACAAAGUGAUUACUUACAAACAACCAAUCGGUGUAGUUGGAUUGUUAUGUCCAUUCAAUUUCCCCACAGCUAUGGGAGCAAGAAAAUUGGCACCUUCUUUUGCUGCUGGAUGUACCACUAUUUUGAAGCCAGACGGUCAGACUCCGCUUUCAUCAUUGGCAUUGGCUUACUUGGCUGAAAAAGCCGGGUUCCCAAAGGGUACCUUUAACGUUGUGUUAGCAUCUACCGAAAAUACCCCUAAAGUGGGAUUGGAAUUUUGCGAAUCUCCUCGUAUUAAAAAAAUUUCGUUCACAGGCUCCACCCCAGUAGGCAAGUUGUUAAUGAGACAAUCCUCCUCUACGUUGAAGAAAUUGUCAAUGGAAUUGGGAGGUAAUGCACCAAUUAUUAUUUUUGACGAUGCCGAUUUGGACCUCGCUGUUGAGCAAUCUAUUGCUUCUAAAUUCAGAUCGUUGGGACAAACGUGUGUUUGCGCUAACCGUCUCUAUAUUCAAAGUGGUGUAUACGAUAAAUUUUGCGAAAAGUUCACCGAGAAGGUGAAGGAAUUUAAAAUUGGUAAUGGUUUAGAAAAAGGAAUUACCCAUGGAUGUUUAAUCAACGACAAAGCUAUUACAAAAGUAGAAGAACACAUCAAGGAUGCUGUUGGAAAAGGUGCUAAAGUGUUAGUUGAAGGAGGUAGGUUACCAAACUUGGGUAAAAACUUUUAUGCUCCUUCUGUAGUUAAGGACGUUACACAAGAAAUGGUAGUGGUCAAGGAAGAAACCUUCGGCCCGUUGGCAGCUUUACUGAAAUUCGACACCAAAGAACAGGUCUUGGACUGGUGUAAUGAUACUCCAUAUGGUUUGGCUUCGUAUGUAUUCUCUGAAAAUUUGAACACUAUUUGGUUUAUGUCCGAAUAUUUGGAAUCUGGUAUGGUCGCGGUGAAUACUGGUCUUUUCACUGACGCCGCAAUGCCGUUUGGAGGCGUCAAAGAAUCAGGCUUUGGUAGAGAAGGCUCUUUAUACGGUAUUGAUGAUUAUACUGUAGUUAAAGCAAUUACUCUCGGUAAUAUGUAUAGAUAA